AUGGAAGAGAAGGGACGGCUUCUUGGGCCUAUUGGAGAGUCAGAGGAUGCCUGGGAAGCAAAAACCAAGCUUCUUGAUGAAGCAAAGAAACAGGCCAUGAAAGCUCUUGUACAUCAGAAGAUGCAAGAAACGGAGCAAAGAGUCCUGGAAUUGGAUCCUAUCGAGGCUGCGCCCCCAAACCCUUUGAGGAUUGGGGGCGUGAAGGCGAGUUGGGCUUUGCGACCCAAGCUCAACUCAGAUGCUAUCCAUCAUAUCACCCCCGGUGUCAUCAAAUUAAGAUCAAAGUUUGCCUUCAUUCGGUAUUCAUGGCUCUCCCAAAGACAGAACGAAUACAAAGAAAACCCGAAGCUAACAAAUCCCACCAGCUUCCCCGCAGUCCGCGCCUGCAUUUUCGACAUGGACGGUCUCCUCAUCAAUUCCGAAGACAUAGUCGCUCAAUCCACAAAUCACCUUCUUAAAAAGUACGACCAGCCUCCUUUGACUCCGUCAAUCCGAGCCCAGCUCAUGGGCGUCGCAGACUCGACAAACGGCGAGAUAUUCCAUAACUGGGCCAAAUUACCCAUCUCUCGCGAGCAAUUCGCCCUUGAAUCAAGCCAAGAAAUGCAACUACGCUUUCCGGAUUGCAUGCCGCUACCUGGUGCGGAGAAUAUUUUGUCGGAUCUUAGUCGUGCACGGAGCGCUGCUUCUGGUGAUAAAAUUCAGCUGGCUUUGGCAUCCAGUACCAAGACGCAUAGUUACGAACUGAAAACUUCGGGGCCGGAAUCGAAAAGACUGCUUAGUUUCUUCCGCUCUGAUAGGAAGGUCUUACUUGAUGACCCGCGCGUGCGACUGGGUCGAGGGAAGCCAGCGCCUGAUAUUUACUUGGUCGCGUUGCAGGUAUUGAAUUCUGGGGUAGAACCUAAUGAGAACCCAAUUCUCCCUAGCGAGUGUUUGGUUUUUGAGGAUAGUAUCGCUGGGGUAGAGGCUGGAAGACGAGCUGGGAUGAGAGUUGUCUGGGUACCGCAUUCAGAUGUAGCGGUCGAGUAUCAACCGAGGCACAAGGAUAUCCUGGCUGGGAGGUCGGGGAGAUUUCAGGUUGGAGACGACUGGCAGCUAGGAGAAGUUGAUGACGGCUGGGCUGAGAGUAUACCGAGCCUGGAGGACUUUGACUAUGAGAAGUAUGGCCUUGAUGUGCUAUCUUAG